GUCAAAAACGGAUAUUCCAGUUUUCAAUCCUCUAUUCCCAAAACGCGAUUCAGGUGGAGGGAAACGUCAACUUGACGGCGAAGCAAAAUUCGGUCCCAUUUGUCUCUCUUCGCGGUAUCCCUGCGCUGGGAGAUCGAUUCGAUAUACUCUUGCCGCCUUCCUAUCUUCCCGUCGCCGACACCGAUUCCGCCGCCGGCUUCGAAAAAUCCAGUUUCUUUUAGUUGCAGAGAGAAGCGCCGGCAGAGCGACUGGUAAAGCUCUCUGAAUUCCUCUGUGUUUCUUCGUCGGGUUUGUGAUAAUUCCGCAAUCUAAGGUGUACGGUUUGGAUAAAAGUUAAUAAUUUCGACCUGGGUAUUCGCUUCACUGCUGAUGCUUGCCUAUUGCUCGGGAUUGUAGCUAAAUUCUUCAGAGGGUGGUUCUGGAAAGGGGUAUCUGUGGCUCUUUACCUUAAAGGGUACCAGUGAUCCGCCAAGAGACGUUUACAGAGAAAUGGCAUCCACAGAGGGCCUUGUGCCCAUCACCAGGAAAUUUUUGGCUUCUUAUUACGACAAAUACCCUUUCCCCCCAUUAUCUGAUGAUGUCUCUCGUCUGUGUUCGGAGAUUCGCUCUAUCAUCCCUGAUUUACUCAAGGAAUCUCCACCUUCUUCAGAGAGUUCAUUGGUAGAUGAAGCGGGUUGUCAGCCUCCUCGCAAAGUUGAUGAGAAUAUGUGGAAGAAUCGUGAACAACUGGAAGAAAUUCUGUUCUUACUUGAGAAAUCACGUUGGCCUCGUGCACUUCAACAGCCCUCAACUUCCGAUGACAGUGAAAUUGCUAUUGCAUUUGUCAGCAUUCAUGACAAAGUUCAGAAAACUUUGAAGAUGUUGGAGGCUUUCCAAUCUAAGAAUUCUGAACGUGUAUUGAAUAUAGUGAUGACAUACCUACCUCAGGAUUUUCGAGCGACACUUAUUUUACAGCAAAGGGAGCGGUCGGAGAGGAAUAAGAAAGCAGCCGUUGAUGCGUUGGUUAGUUCAGGAGGAACCAUACGUGAAAAAUAUGCUCUGCUUUGGCAACAACAAGUGGAUAGGAGACGGCAGUUGGCUCAGCUUGGUUCUGCUACUGGUGUAUACAAAACUCUUGUGAAGUAUUUGGUCGGAGUUCCAGAGGUUUUACUAGAUUUUGUUCGGCAGAUAAAUGAUGAUGAUGGGCCAAUGGAAGAGCAAAGACACCGAUAUGGACCCCCUUUAUACAGCCUGACAACUAUGAUUCUUCUAGUUCGAGUUUUUGUUUUGCUGUCAUGUAGGAGAUUUGAUGCUGGCCUAGUAAAGAGACAUCAUAUCACUGUAUUGGAACAAGCUGUUGAUGUCUACUCCAAUGAGUUUAUAAGGUUUAUCACCUUCUUGAGGUAUUGUUGUUUCCUAGAUAUCUCUUUGAUAUUGUUUGUGCUUCUAGUUUAUUGUUUCCGAUGCAGGAACAAUGAUGAUUUCAAAGAAAUCAGUGUUGCAGCUGGGAGCUCUCAUGAGGUUUUGUUGUCAGUGGAAUCGAUUAACUCCUACAUUGCUUGGGAUUUCUCACUGAUACAGGGCAAGAUGAGCUUGGACAUUGGGUUCAGUGUGGAGUACAUAAAUCCUUCAGGCCAAAAGACCCUAAUUUUACCCUAUAGACGUUGCGAGUCUGACCAAGGGAACUUCUGCACGGUCAUGACCGGAGAUUACAAACUUGUUUGGGAUAACUCCUAUUCCAGCUUUUUCAAAAAGGUCGUAAGGUGUAAGGUGGAUUGCAUCCCACCGGUUGUCGAGCCUGCUGAAUCGAGGAGUGAAGUGGAAGGAUAAGUAAAUUCUUUUUUUACCAUCAGGACUUUAUUGUUUGUGAUAUUACUCGAGAUAUCUUCCCUCUCUCCUUUCGGUCUGAGAGAAAAGGGUGUUUGAUUUGGGGAUGGGUUUGUAUCUUGCUGGCCCUGCCCCUUAUUUCCCCGUAGAGGAAGAACGGUGUGUUGUGUGAGACGUUUGCCUGUAGUUCUUCUCUGUUGUAUACUGGAUUGUCUCUUGGUUAAAUUCACUAGCGUUCAGGCAUUGACACACAUAAACUAAUCAACAUUUGGUUUCUUAUACUUGCUCUUCUUCUGCACCUGCGCGUUGUCUUUACCCUGACCUUACUGAACACUGAAGGAUGUAGCAAUCUGCAGCUUGAAUGUGAUGAUAAGUAAUCAACUCUGUUUCCA